GAGCCCUGUGUGAAGCAGUGGGUGGUCCCAGCUGCUGAGGACCACUCCCUCGCACCGGUUCCCUCCCCUGCAUUCCCCUCCCUCUGCAAAACAGGAGUCCUACGCAGCUCCCUGUCCAACCUCUCUGCUCAGCCCAGACGUUCAGCCACACAGAAGAAAAAGUUAAAAUCAACUCACAUCAGAGAAGGGAGGGAGAGAGGGGGAGAAAACGCCCUGGAAACUUGGUUGAUCGAGAAAAAGGAAAGGAGUGACAGAAUCCUAACAGACUGCAAAGCUGUGAAGAAGUGCUUUUGGACUGGGGACUGGACACGUUUUUCCAGGAUGCUCAAGUUGGUGUGAGGCUUCUUGGGCGCACAGACUGCGCAAAGAAGUCAAGAAAGAAAAAACACAGCAGCAGACUGAAGCCCUUGGCAUUGCUUGAGCAAUCCAAGGGAAAACCCAGGAAGAGUUUCCCGUGCACCAGGGCUGCACUAGCGGAAAGCAAAAAAAAAGAUGGCUGAAGAGGAAGAAACCAGGGAAGUGCUCUUUCCAGACUGGGAGGGUCCAGACAAAACUGGCUUGACCAUUGAACAGUCAAGUGACGGAGACAUCUUUGUAAAGGAGGUGAAAGGAGAGUCACCUGCAGCGCGGUCUGGAAAAGUAUAUGAAGGUGACCAAAUUGUGGGAGCCACUAUUUACUUUGAUAACAUGAGCUCAGAAGAAACAGCUGAGCUGCUAAAGACAUUGAACCGCCACAAGGUUGGACUGAAACUACAAAACAAAGACAAAUCCCCUUGCUGCUCGCCCUUGAGCACACCAUGUCGUUCACCAAUGGGUACACUGACAUGGGAAGGGAAGACCCGGUUUGGAGGUUCUAGUCCAGACAUCAUCCUUAGUGGGGAUGAUGAAGACUAUAAGAGAAUAUACACAAAAAAAAUCAAACCAAGGCUGAAGUCUGAGGACCUUGCAGAAGGAGUAGAUGUUCGUACAGAGCGGCACAGCAGCACAAGCAGUGAUGGCAGCACGAUUACUACCAUCACCCGCCGCAUUACUACCUACACAGUGGAUAUGCCGAGUGGCAUAAGUGAGCAACCUGAAGUUUCAAGCCCAGAGUUCAAGGGGCCAAGGCACGAAUCUGCAGAUGGAUCUCCUCGUUUCAGAAUCUCACAUGGCAGCCCUUCAGGUAAAGAGGGAAUAGAAGAGGGAGUUUUCGAGUCAGGCAAUGUCUCUUACACUGGGCCACAUGUUAGCUCCACAGAGACACGAUGGGGCAGUGGGGCUAUUAAGACCACAACAAAUACAAGAGAGAUAGAAAAAGACAGAAGCGCAGGUCUCAGAUUUAAAGGACAAAACUUUGGAAUAACCGGUGGUAGCCAGGCAGGUUUUGAGAUCUCAAGAGGAAGUGGAGAGACAGGAGAUGGAAACACUCAGUUGUCUGAAGCAAGCAUGACACUAAGAGACAGCACAAACACUGGGAAUAAGCAUGUUACAAUAGGAGGGUUAGGAAGUGCAGAGGUAAUUGCUGCAGACGAGAAUGGAGGAUCAAUUAGUCUGUCUGUACCAGGGAAAGGAAUGCAGAUUUUGACUACAUCAAAUGAUAAAACACAGGAGGAAAGUCUUGACACCAGUUUAGGUGGGAGAACAAAGGUUAGGGUAUCUGAAAUCGCCAUCAAUCCCCCACAAGCAAAGGGAUCAGGUAGUAUUGAAAUUGCGAAUGUCAGACAUGGCGGAGGUUCCAUUGAUAUUGAUACUGAGUUGCGAGGUGGCAGAUCAGCAAUAACAAUAGGUAAUGUUACCUCUGGAUAUUCCUCAAGGCCUGCCAAGAUUUCAGUGGCAGGUGUGGAUGUAAGUGGUGUGCCAAAGACUGAGGGAGAAAUUAAGGCACCGAUAGUAGACUUCAAAGGUCCAGAUGUAAAUAUUGAGGGAAAUGAAACGGAUUUCAAAAUGCCUCAGAUAAAGAUUCCAUCAUUUGGUGCUCAUGGGGUUGCUAUUAAAGCACCAAAAGUUGAUUUUGAAAGCACUGAUGUAAAAAUCAAAGGAACCAAACCUGAAAUUGACAUUAAAGCACCAGACACUGAUGUCAAAACAACUGUGGUUAGCAUUAAAGGGGACAAAGUUGAUAUAGAUCGAUCAGAUGCAAACGUUAAUAUCCCAAAAUUGGAUAUUAACAUUGAGGGACAUGAAGCUGGACCCAGUGGUCUGAAAGACACAAAACUUGAAGGUGAUGUGACUGUACCAAGAAUGAAAGUAGGUCAAAUGAAUGUUAAACCUCCAGUAAUUGAUGCAAAACUGGAAGGUCCAAACAUUAACAUAUCAUCCAUUAAAGGAACAAAGAUGCCAGCUGUGGAUAUCACACUUGAAAGUCCACAAGCUAAAGGAGAUGUGGAUAUAAAAAAGCCAAAGAUUGAAGGAAAAAUAAAAGCACCUCAAGUGGAUUUCGGAGGUCCAAUUGUUAACCCUGAAAGUCACGAGGGACGCAAAAUGCCUGAAAUUGAAACACCAUCAUUCGGAAUGAAAGGUCCAAGGGUUGAAGGGCCACAAGUUGAAGUUCACAUUCCAAAAGCGGACAAUAUUAUGAAAGCUCCUGAAAUUAACAUUAAAACAAGGGAUGUUGACAUUAAGAGCCCCAGUGGUACUAUGACAGGAUCAAAAUUCAAUGUGUUUUCGGGACUGAAUGUUUCCGUGCCAAAAGUAGAUUUAAGUGGCAAAGGUUUGAAACUCAAAGGUGAUAUGGAUGUAUCAGCUAGUGAGAGAGAGGGAGACAGAACAAAACCUGGGAUUAACAUCAAAGGUCCAGAGGUUGACAUUGAAGGGCCGAAUAGUGAAUUUGAAAUGCCUAAAAUCAAAAUGCCAUCUAAGGCACCAGAUAUUCAAGGCCCUGAUGCAAAAAUCAAGGGAUUUAAAGUUAAUAUGCCAUCCAUAAAAGGACCAAAGAUGCCAGGUGUUGACAUCAAACUACAUGCUCCAAAAGUCAAAGAAGAUGUGGGAGACAUAAAUGCUCCUGAGGUGGACAUUGAAGAAGCAAAUAUUGAUGUAACCCUUCCCAAAGCUAACAUUCAUGUUGAAGAUCCUGACAUUGACAUCAAAUCACCAGAGGUACAUAUUGAAGGACCAAAACUCAAAGGGUCUAAAUUGAAUAUGCCAACAAUAUCAGGACCAAGCAUCUCCAUACAAGGUUUGGAUAAAAAACUCAAAGAUCCAAAACUAAAAAGUGAUGUGGAUGUGUCAGGUCCAAAGAUAGGAGACAUCAAAACACCUGAUGUUGUGAUCAAAACUCCAGAAGUUGAUAUUGAAGGGCCUACGGGGGGUUUUGAAAUCUCGAAAAUGAAGAUGCCCUCUUUUAACAUUAAAGGUCUAAAAUUGGACAGUCCAGAUGUUGAUGUAAAUCUUCCAAAAGCUACAAUUGAUGGGAAAGUACCUGAUGCUGACAUGAAAGCCUCACAGAUUGACAUCGAAGUCCCUGAUGCAAAAGUUACAGGACCCAAAUUCAAAAUUCCAACUGUUAAAGGUCCAAAGAUCCCAAAUCUUGACAUUAAACUAAAAGGUCCUAAAGUUGAGGGAAAUGUGGAUGCUUCACUUCCAAAGAUUGAAGGAGGCAUAACAGCUUCGGACGUGGACAUUGAAGGAGAAGGAUUUGAUAUUGAGGGCAAAAAAGGUGGAUUUAAAAUGCCUUCACUCAACAUAAAGGGUCCAAAAAUAGAGGGCCCAGAUGGUGAUAUGUCCCUUCCAAAAGCGAAGGUUGAUGUUCCAGCUUCUGACAUUGACAUCAAAUUACCCUUACUGAAAGGGCCCACACUCAAAGGUGCUGUGGAUGUGUCAGUUCCAAAGAUUGAAGGAGACAUCAAAACACCUGAUGUUGAUAUCAAAGGUCCAGAGAUUGAUAUUGGAGGGCCCAAGGUUGGAUUUGAAAUGCCGAAAAUCAAAAUGCCAACAUUUGGUAUUGAAUCCCCUGAGUUGGAUGUCAAAGGACUGGAAAUUGACAUUGAAAGUAAGAGUGGAAAAAUCAAAGGUCCCAAAUUCAACAUGCCAGAAGUUUCAGGACCGAAGAUAUCCAUGCCAAAUGUCGACUUUAACCCAAAAGCUCCCAAACACAGCGUUGAUGUGGAUGUGUCAGUUCCAAAAAUUGAUGGGCCUGAUGUAACAGUUGAUGUUCCAGAGAUUGGGACAAAGAAAACUAAAUUUAAAAUGCCAAAGUUUGGAUUUAAGGGACCAAAAGUAAAGGCCCCAGAGACUGAUGUGAAAAUGGUACAAGGGGACAUCAGCAUCAAGGAAAAGAAUGGAAGCUCUGAAGGUCUUGAUGUUGACCUGGGACUGACUGGUCCAAAAACUAAAGGUCCAAAAUUCAAGCUGCCAAAAUUUGGUUUCAAAGGACCAAAGGCUGAAAUGCCAGAAGUUGACAUUAAUCUUUCAAAUGCUGGCACUGAUAUUAAAACACCAUGUGUUGAAAUCGAAGGACCAGAUGUUGACAUUGAGAGUUCUAGUGGUAAGGUCAGGGUACCUAAACCUAAAAUGCCAACAAUCUCUGGACCAAAUAUCAAUGUAACAGAUGUGGAUUUAAAUCUGAAAGGGCCCAGAUUUAAAGGUGAUAUGGAUAUGUCACUUCCAAAGAUCGAAGGAGACAUAAAAGCACCUGGUGUUGAAAUCAAAUCUCCAGAGAUUGAUAUUGAAGGGCCUAAGGGUGCAUUUGAAAUGCCAAAAAUCAAAAUGCCUUACUUUGGGAUCAAGAGUCCUAAAUUGGAGGGUCUAGAUGUUGAUGUAAACCUUCCAAAAGCUAAUAUAGAUGUUAACAUACCUAAGGUUGACAUUGAAGGUCCUGAUGCAAAACUCAAAGGGCCUGGAUUCAACAUGCCAAGUGUUUCAGAACCAAAACUCUCCAUGCCCGGUGUGGAUUUCAAUCUGAAAGGUUCCACUCCUAAAGGUGGUGUUGAUGUUGCACUUCCAAAGAUCGAAGGAGACAUGAAAGCACCUGGUAUUGAUAUCAAAGCUGCAGAGAUUGAUAUUGAAAGGCCCAAGGGUGGAUUUGGAAUGCCAAAAAUAAAAAUGCCUUCUUCUAAAAUUAAAGGCACAAAAUUGGAGUGUCCAGAUGUGGAUGUAAACCUUCCAAAAGCUAAUAUUGAUGUUAACGUACCUGAGGUUGACAUUAAAGGGACAGACAUUGACAUUGAAGGUCCUGAUGCAAAACUCAAAGGACCCAAGAUUAAAAUGCCAUCACUUACGGGACCCAAACUUCCAGAGUGGGAUCUUGGUCUAAAGGGGCCCAAAAUGAAGGGAGAUGUUGAUGUGUCUGUUCCAAAGAUCGAA